CUCAUCGACGGUGUGUGAGUGUGAGCGUGUGUGUGUGUACAUGUGACUGCACAACGCACACUGUCAGGCGGUGAGAAACGAGCGAGUGCCUUCCACAAAAGCAGAUGAGGUACAGAAGCAGCGCCAGCAGCAAGAGAAGCAAGCAUUUAGCCCUGUAGCGAAAAAGGAAAUCAAUAUAUAAAAUUCGUGCCUAAAGACAAAAGUAAUCCAGUGACACAACAAAGAGUUUUCAAAGGAUCUGGAGGAGCACUGCGUGGAGUGACUUAUCUCUAAGUGAAAUACUCAACACCAUCAUCACCGAAUAUCAUCAUGGAAAAGCGUAUUUUGUUGGAAAAACGAGGUCGACCGGAUGAUGAGAUCACAGAGCUCAUUCUGGACAACUGUCGGAGCACGUACAUUGAUGGGCUCACAGACAGCUUCACAGCACUCGAAACGCUCAGCCUCAUCAACGUCGGGCUGGUUUCGCUGAAAAAUUUUCCCAAGCUGUCCAACCUCCGCAAGCUGGAACUCUCGGACAACAGAAUAUCGAACGGGUUGAACCACCUUACCGGUAGCCCGAAACUUACACAUCUGAACCUGUCCGGCAACCGGAUUAAGGACUUCGAUGAGCUUCAGCCGCUGAAAGAUUUGGAGAACCUGGAAGUGCUGGAUCUGUUCAACAAUCAGGUGACACUGAUUGAAAACUAUCGUGAGAAAUUGUUUCAACUGAUUCCAUCGCUCAACUAUCUGGAUGGAUUCGACAAAGAGUAUGUGGAAGCACCAUCCGAUGAGGAAGACAUGGCUGGCGCGACCACAGAAGAGGAGGAACCGGAGGACUCAUGCGAAGAAUCGGAUGAGGAAGAAGUUUCGCUAGCCUACCUGUACAACGACAACCUGGAGGAGGAUCAGGAGGAUUGGAAGAGCGUCGAGAGUGACUACAACAACGCUGACGAAGAGUUUGACAGUGAGGAGGAAGAGGAUGAAGAAGGUGGCGGCGGCGGCGGUGGUGGUGGCGAGAAUGAGGGUGAAGAUGGUGGAGACAGCGAUGGCAAGGGGGAGGAUGAAGAAGGCGAAGAAGAGGAAGAUGGUGAGGAUGAUGCCGAUGGGUCGGAGGCUGCAGCAUCGUCGACCGCUGCAGUAGCGGCGGAAGCAGACGAAUCAAAAUCCACAGCAACAGAAGCGGCAGCCGCCACAUCGUCAACCACAGAAGAUGUUGCGAAAGAAGGUGAACCGGAAGCAAGGGGCAAGAAGAGAAAGUUCCAAGGCACGGACAGCGACGGUUAAGCGGCACGCUAAACGCUUCCAAGUCAUACACAUAACCUAAUACAAAUGUGUGGAGGUGUAACGGCAACGCGCUGGAGGCUCUUUCGCUCAACGGCGUGUCAUUCGUUGCCCUUCCACACGCAAAGCAAACGUUUAUCCCCCAACCAACAACAAUUCAUGCAAUUCGUCAUCACUCCGCUACUGUCGUUCGCGCAGUAUUGUAAUGGAUAUGUAACUACAAAGUUUUAUCUUCUUUUUUACCAUCAAAAGAAAAUGUGUAACAGCAGCUAGCUAUCAUAGAUUGAUGAAAUCCACAACAAUAUAUACAUAUAGAAGAAGAGCGAACAUUUCCCCACAAUAGACGCCAACACACACACACACACACCAUACACGCUCCGAAUACUUUUAAACCCCAAAACAAACAGUGUAAGUAAGGAAUUUUUGAACCAAAAGAUUGUAAAACACAGAAGAAGAAAAAACUUUAAAACAAAAUAGAUUCAGCAAAAGACGCACCCACACAUACGGCGCGGGGAUUGCGUUUAUGUGUUUGGACCCACAGCGCAGAAUUGUGAAGAAAAUAAAUCAAAGACGUAUGGGGUAUGACGAGAUGAAAUGAUAGGCCUCCCCCGCGUACAGCAUUUCCGGUCAGUUAAGAAAACUAAGAGUAUAUACAUACUUCAAAUGAUAAUCGAACUUUUGUUUUGAUUUAUUUUAAUAACUUUUUAACUGUGUAAGCAUAUUUUGUUGUGUUUCAGGGAAUAGAGCAAUGUGAAAGUAGUUUGCGGCAAGUGAUAUUUGUACGUUCUUUUAAAUUAACAAAAUCACUUCGAUGGGGCAGCAGAGGAGGAGAGGAUAGGUAGUAGAAGCGGCGGUAGGGAAGAAUCGGUCGGAAUGUAAGGUAAUUGUUGAGUUUCAUAAAAUUUCCUUGUGCGGUGUGCGGUUCUAUAAGCAAGCACGACCAAAAUGUGUGACACCUUUUGAAUAGUGUUGCCUAAGAUGUGGCCGUGCGCUUUCGCUCUCAUCAUUUUAUCGUCGGUGGUUAUACACCAUCACCAUUACCACCACACCACCACCACCACCACCACAACAACCACCAAGACUCUUCCGUCAAGAUUCUUCCCAAAAUGCGCAGUCAGUGGUUUCAACUUCGUACAGUUUGCGUGUUAACAAGUUUUCUAGCGUAGACGAUCCGGAUCGGAUCCGGAUCGUGUAUAGAAAGUGGUGUGUAACGAGGGGGGGAGAGAGCAGAGUAAUCGUGAAGGGGGAAAAAGGACAAGUGGUAGCAAGGAAAACAAGGCCAAGAUGAAAGAGACCAUACAAAAUAAAUGUAAUCCACGACCUGAUAUGAAACCCAAUGUAGUGUUACUUUUAAUUUGCAAUGUAUGUUUUUUGUUUGUUUAAUAUUAUGCAUAUAAGUAAUACGAGAAAGAGUGAAUGUUUGUUGAACAUACAUAAAGUUUCUUGUGUUGUGUAAGCAAAGCAGUAUAAUUAUCUCAGGCAAAAGCGUUCUUAGUUUCCCUGGAUGAAGAUAAACAUAAGCUGAAUUGUAAUUCCCACACAACAAUCAAACAACAAAUGCACACUCACACAUACCCGCACACUUGCGCAUAUUGUUACGUUUUUUGUAACGCUUCGGUUUGGUUUUAAAACAGUGUAACGCCAUGUACAAGUUCAUUGUUGCAAUGAAACUGAUUCGUUUGUGAGUGGUACUCCGCUGCAACAAACAGUAAAGCGCGAUACCAUCUUCCUCAUUGUUUAACGUCAUUCACUGCUACUAAACUUGUCGGAGAUGUACAAAAUGAAUUCUAGUUUCAGUUUCUGGGAUGGUUUUUAAUUUGGAUAUAGAUCCGGCCGGCUAGACGUAUGUUUUUCAAUAUAACUGUUGUCUUUCCUUAGCACCUAAAAUAAUGUAGCCUUUUUAAGUGGGAUUUUAAAGAAUCGCAUAGAAACAUUUAUCUUCAGUUGAGAGUGUUGAAAGUGUAAGAAGGGUGGUUUGGGGUGUAAAGGAAUGGUUUAAACGGCUGUAUUGUUUUUUUCCUUUUUAAAAGAAUGCAUUCAUUCAACUUUUCAGUUACUCUUUUAACGGUAUAACUUAUCUUUUCCAGUUUUUGUAAUUGAAUAAUAAUAGUACACAAAUGUUUAAACAAAUGGCUCUUAUUUUUGCACUGAUGCGCGCAUAUAAGAAAAUUACAAAAUGUUCAACAGCCACACUUGAAGCAGAUUCUUGUAUUAAGCAUUUGUUAAAGAUUGUAGAAAGCUGAAGAGAACGAUUCGAAUAACAAGUUGACCAAACACGUGGAAUUAUAUGCAGUAAGUGGAACCGGGAUUUGGUCUACACCUUCCCGAGCCAAAGCUCUCUCACCCUCCAAAAGGGAGGAGAAGGAGAUUUAUCAAAUCAAAACUGAACGCAAAAACAAAAUAUCGAAUUAAGGAACAGUUGAGAAAAAAGGGGGCAAGCAAUAUAUUACUACGUGCAAGUGCAAGUGUGUGUAUCAUGAGACGAAAUAAAACGUGCCCUUAAAUACAAUGGAUGAUGGACGGAACAACAUUAUAUACGGAUAUAAGGUUACAUAGGUACCUCCCCGAGGUGCCAUGCAAAAAAAAAAACGCAGAGACGAAAUAAAAUCGAAAGCAAACCAAUAAUCAUGUAAAAACAACACAAUAGCGUUUGCUGCUGCGAAGAAGGGUGAUGCGUGAAGUUGUGUGCGUGUGUGAAGCAUGAUUUAAAUGAAGAAGAUGAAGAAGAUAAAACACAAAUCCGAUCAGGGAUUGGAAUAAUAACACAACAUUACAAUCUUUCUGCCUGCUGGCUCAUUUCCAUUGGUGAAAUAAACACAGCAUAUUGUAUUUGGACCCGGUGUGUGUGAUGCGAAGGGAAAUGACAAUUCGCGGUAUGAUCGCGAAACGUGGAACAACAUUUAUAAUUGCUAAGAAAGUAAUAUUUGUUUAAAUAAAUCAUCAAAAGAAAAAUCAA